AUGGAUUGCUGCACCACUGAAGAAGAGGUAGUCGUAGCUGUGAAAGGCAAGCUACCGGGCUAUGACGGGCCUCUCGUUUUAAGGUUAACCAGACCUAAUAAGGCGGAACAACGGAUGACGAUCCUCACUGUUAGCGAAGAUGCCGCCAACAAGCUGCUGGAGCAGUCUCACCUUAGAGUUGGAUGGGUGAACUGCAGGAUCAGGCGCCGAAAGCAAAUAACGCGAUGCUUCCGGUGCCUGGGAUAUAGCCAUGAACGACGCGGGUGCAAGGGGCCCCAUCGAAGUACCAUGUGCUUUAAGUGCGGCAACUUGGAACAUAAGGCGGCUGAUUGCACGGCAAGCCCUAAGUGCUUCCUUUGUGCUGAUGUUAACACCGACCCAGAUACGAGAAAGCACUUGGCGGGAUCUGGCGAAUGCAGGGUGUUCCGGGAAGCCCUAGCAAAGUCUGGAACGUCAUAA